AUGUUCGCGCAUCGGUCAGGGGCAAAGACUCUUCAUCUCGUGCACAAGGAAGCGCUCCGGUGUGGCUCGUGCGUGCGCGCGCGCGCGUGCAUCCCACCCCCGCUAGGACGUCGAGACGCGCCGGUAAAAUGGUCCGGCUGUAGGUGCUGCUGCGCUUGACGGGGCCGUUUUAAUGAGGGGGAGAUCUGAUACUGUGGCCACGAAGCCGAGCCAAUGCUGCGCCUCCGUCUGCCUGGAGCUGCCAAGGCUCAGCAACAGCAGCAGCAGCAACAUCAACCCAGCGAGAUCCACUGCACAGUCCGCCUGCUCGACCAUUCAGAACUCACCUGCUUCAUACAGCGGGAUGCAAAGGGGCGCUUCUUGAUGGACCACGUGUGCAACCAUCUCGACCUACUGGAGCGCGACUACUUUGGAAUUCGCUUCGUCGACCCUGACAAGCAGCGGCAUUGGCUUGAUCCUAAAAAAUCGAUCGUGAGACAAAUGAAAUGUAAGUGAGCAUUUACUAUGUGCUUCCGAGUAAAGUUUUACCCUCAGGAGCCAUCAAAGGUCAGAGAAGAAAUCACAAGGUACCAGCUGUACCUUCAGAUCAAGCGCGAUGUCGUCCACGGGCGCCUGCUGUGCCCCACAUCUGAGGCCGCCUGGCUGGGAGCCUGCAUCCUGCAAGCCGAGUUGGGAGACUACAACCCGUUGGACCACCACGAUGGAUACGUCUCGGCCAUGCAGCUCUUCCCGCGUCUCUCACAAAAGCUGGAGGCAAGAGUGGCCGAGAUUCACCGCCACGAGCUGAGAGGCCAGACUCCGGCUGUGGCCGAAAUCAAUUUCUUGAUAAGGGCCCAAGGUUUGGACACGUACACAGUGGACCCUCAUCCCUGCAAGGAUCCUUCUGGAGCGACGGUCUUCCUUGGCUUCACGCCCGCAGGGUUCGUCGGGUUCCAAGGGAACAAGCGAGUACAGCUGCUUAAGUGGAUGGACGUCGGCAAGCUGAAAUGUGAAGGAAAGAGCUUUUAUGUUCACGGUGUGCAAAAUGGGAAGACUGUGUUAACAUACCAUGCACCCACUCCGUCUGCCUGCAAGCACCUCUGGAAGUGUGGUGUGGAAAAUCAGGCUUUUUACAAGUUUGAGAAAUCCUGUGAGAUCAAAACAGUCCUGAGCAGUAACCUAUUCUUCCGGGGGUCAAGGUUCAGAUACAGAGGCAGGGUUGCCAAGGAGGUCAUAGAGGCAAGUGCCAGGAUUCAGCGCAAGUCUCCAGAGGUGCAGCGCUCCAUAGGAAAGAGCAGGAGCAGCCUUUCCUUCUCCCAGCAGAGUGUGUCCACCUGCACGACCCAGCAUGCCUCGUCUGAGUUUCCUGACUGCUCCUUCAUACAAGGCUUAUCGGCGUUGAAGGCGGACGCACAUUCAACACCAAUGCCAGGCUCAAGCUCCAAACAGGAUCCAGGGUGUGCGGUGGAUGUAGGGUCAAGACUUGGCCCGGCCUUGAGUGGACAGUCACGAGCCAUAACGUGGUCAGGCUCAGGGUGUGGCAAACACCCGAGGUCACAGUCGCGGGCCGAGGUUUGGCCAGGCGGCUGCUUGGGGCUUUUGGAAGACCGCGAGGAUGCGGGUGGUGGUGAGCAGCCGCUCAUCAUCGCCGACCUAACCUACAGCCCGACCUCCAGCACCAUGCCCACGCCCGUGGAGGAUACCGUCACCAUAGACAGCAUCUUCGCGUGCAACAACAAGUACAGGGAGCCGGACACAGAGUCCACCUGCGAGGGGUCGGACUUCGAGCCGACCUCGUUGCUGGUUAUGACGGACGACGACGACGAUGAAGAUGGCGCUUGCGACGACUCCGAGGAGGACGCGGGCUGGCAGGGCGACCGACUGGAGCUGCUGGGCACGCGCCUUCUUGGCGGCGCGGCACGGCGCGGUGCGGCGUGCGCGUGCGGCACGGCUCGGCUCCUGCUGGCGCUCGCCGCCUCCCUGGGCCUCUUACUGCUGCUGCUCGAGGCCGGCCUGGACGCGGCGCCACUGCGCGAGAUCCGUCAGACUCCCGAGUUCCAGCAGCUGCAUCGCGAGUACCUGAGCCCGCUACGUCGAUGGCUGUCCACCCGGCUGCAGCCCUCCAGCCCCGAGGUCGACUACUGAAGAUCCGCCUCGUUCGCUCAGAUUCAUCAUGAAGAAGGGUGGGGGUGGGAGCUAAAUUAUAAUUUCAUUAAAAAUUAAAAAAUGAGCAUUAAGUGCUCUGCUUCACAGGGUUGGUCGGCAUGGUGAAAUAAACGGAGCGUUUUCACCCUCUGCUAUUUAUUUUGUAAAUGCAUACCGUGAGUAUCAACGACAACAGUAUAGUCACUGUGGCUUAUGAAUAUAUUUCAUGAAUACAUCCAUGUAUAAUAACGCUAAAAAAUAGUACAUAUCAUAACUCUGGAUAUUCCUAAAAACAGAUGAUAAAAUAAUAUGUAAUUCCUUUCAGUUGAAUCAUUUAUGUAUGUUUUCAUAUUUCAGUAAAGAGAACAGUAAAGAGAACGUUAAUUUGUGAUAUAUGCAAAAUUUUAUUCUUUUUCGCCGUUGAUUUAGAGUUUUUGGAAAACAUGAUCUCCAAUCAUAUACAUGAGUUGAGACUCUUAUUAUUACAUAUAUAAAUAAGACAGUUUGAAAGACCCAUUAUACACAAUAUAUAUAAAUGAUGACAGUAGGUUGUUCCUUCCAUAUGACUGAUCAUUUAAAAGCAUUGUUUAUGACAGUGCCAGAUUGUGGUGUCUUUAGCGGAGCACUGUAUGAUGGGAGCUUGCAUAUUUUCUUGCGGUCAUUUAAAAAAACAUUGGCUAGGAACCAUUCAAGUUGACAUGACCUUAUGAGAAGAUCUAGUCGGAUGAAUGAAUGAGUGCUGUUUCCUUGCACACAUUUUCCUUUCUAUAGGCAUUUAUGUUAUACAGUUUAAGGUGAUUGAAUAAAAUGUUCAUUUGCAGGAUUUGCUAUAGUGUAUUUAUACAUUAGACUUGUGAGUUUUUUCUAUCUUAAGAAGGUGUAUAUAUUUCAAAGAAAACCAUUGGUUUAUUUUAACAAGACAUGGCAGUAUUUAGUGCUAUAAAGGGCGCAUUAAAUUAUUUUCAACUACCCUCUUGCCUUUAGGCUUUUGUUUACAGGACAGACUGCAUUUGUAAAUUUUUAUUCAGGCUUUUGAGUACCGUAUUUGUUUAAGGAACAAUCUCAUCCUGUGUUUGGAAAUUGGAAGCUGAAUUCUAAAACACAUCAGCAUAUCUUGACUUAAAGCUUUCGUGACUGCAGGAAUUCAUAUUAUUUGGGUCUUUCGGUAAAGACACGUAGAUAGGUUGAAAGAAAAUAACUAAAAAUAACAAGAAAACUGCGACGUUUCGAUCACAACACAAGCGAUCGUGUUGUGAUCGUCAUCAUCUUGAUCACAACACGAUCGCUUGUGUUGUGACCGAAACGUUUUUUUUUCAACCUAUCUACGUGACAUUACCGAAAGACCCAAAGAAUACAUUAACAUAUGUCUAAACAUACAUAACAAGUACCAACUGGUUAAAUAACAAUGUAUUUAGGGUGUUCCAACUAGCUUUUUAUAAUUAUAUUAAAACACUCAUUAGAGGGUGGGUGGUGGUGGGGGUGCAGGGGUGUUUUGUAUGAUAGAUUUUUGUAACAUUUAUAUUUUAGUCAGCAGCCCUAAAAUAUUUGUUCGUAGUUACACUGAAACCCAGAUUUCCAAGACAUUCAAAAAACCUAGUCACGCAAAGCGUAUGGUUUAAAUAUGAUUAUUAGGGAUAAAUGAUAAGUACGAUGGGAGUGGGUUGUGGACAUCCCUUGUGCUUGUUUAACUCGCAGCAGAUCUCAAAUUACAGGCCUCAAGACAUUGGUAAAAUGUCCAUGCCUAACAAGCUCUAUUUCACAAUGUUCACAGGCUAUUAAUGCAAACCUUGCAUGAUCGGAAACCAAUUACGUUACGGAAAAACAGAUUGGGCAGUCUCACAGGACAGCAAUAGAUGAUGUGCUUUGGUGCUGUGGAUGUUUAUCAUCUGACAUUUCAGCCUUUUUUUAUUUUGUCGUGCUAAAAGACAAGAAUAAUAAUACAUGUGUUUUCGCAGCCAAUGUUAUGUUUCAUGAAUGAUUAAUUAUUUGUGUAAGGACACUGUGAUCUGUCUUUAAACCCCUUCACCACCUGACUUAGGCCAAACACAUUCUAUUGUCACGUGUAUAAGCGUUUUCACAUAAUUUUCAUUGAUGUGCACUUUUCUGGUGAACUGAAAUAAUUAUAAUUGGAACUUUAAACACUUGUACACGUGACAAUGUAAUUUGUUUGGCUAUGUCCGGUAGUGGAGGGUCUUUGUAUAAUCUAUAUAUAUAAAAGGGAAAUUUGUGAAUAUGUGUGUCUGUUUGAGAUGUUUAGCAUACUUCCUUGACAUGCAACAAACUUGAAAUUUGGCAUGUGGGUAGCUUCCACACUGUACACAAUGCAAAAAGUAUAACAAUAGACUUUUGUAUUUGGGGGGGGGGGGGCGCAAUAAUGCAUAUAUUUGCACGGCAAGUGAGCUGUGACGUCACAUCUGUGAUGUCACCCGCAUGAUGUCACCCCCUCACCCUCCGCGUAGGCCAUGUAUUAAUCCAAGACUAGAAUCCAAGUCCUGGGCGAAGCCGGGUAGUAAAACUAGUAAAGCAUAAAGUCUUUUGAGGAAAUGUAAUUAUUCGAAUAGUUUUUAAAUAUGUUUAUAAUCUGGAAAUGCAGUGCAUACACUUGUAAAUGCAUUUUGCAGAAGUAUAUGAGUUAGAUUGCAGAUCAGUAAUGUGCUGGCUUCACACUGGCACACUGCGUUCCCUACUGA